CCCAAGACAGAGACCCUUCCCGAGACAGAGACCCAUACCGAGACAGAGACCCAUACCGAGACAGAGACCCAUACCGAGACAGAGACCCAUACCGAGACAGAGACCCAUACCGAGACAGAAACCCAUAACGAGACAGAGACCCAUACCGGGGAGGACAGUGAACCUACAGGAGACCCCCAACCGGAACAAAGGAAGGAGGAGGCCAUUGUAGAACAGAAGGUACCGGAGACCAACGAACAGAAGCUGCACAAGAUUGCCAAUGAGCUCCUGAAGACGGAGAGAGCCUACGUCACACGGCUCAACCUGCUGGACCAGGUGUUCUGUGCCAAGCUGAUGGAGGAGGCUCUGAAGGGCACGUUCCCUGUGGACGUGGUGAAGAACAUCUUCUCCAACAUCUCCUCCAUCAACACCUUCCACAGCCAGUUCCUGCUGCCUGACCUGGAGAAACGCAUGGGAGAAUGGGAGUCCACCCCUCGCUUGGGGGACAUCCUGCAGAAGCUCACACCCUUCCUGAAGAUGUACGCAGAGUAUGUGAAGAACUUUGACAAGGCCAUGGAGCUGCUGAAACAGUGGACGGACCGCUCUCCACAGUUUAAAGCCAUCAUCCAGGACAUACAGAGUCAGGAGGCAUGUGGUUGUUUGACGUUGCAGCACCACAUGUUGGAGCCGGUACAGAGAGUUCCCCGUUACGAGAUGCUGCUCAAAGACUACCUGAAGAAACUGCCUCAGGACGACCCCGACCACCGAGACGCAGAGAAGUCAUUGAACAUCAUCGCCAUGGCAGCCACACACUCCAACAGUGCCAUACGAAAAUCUGAGAAUCUGAAGAAGCUGCUGGAGAUCUAUGAGAUGUUAGGGGAGGAAGAGGAUAUCGUUAACGCCUCCAAUGAGUUCAUCAAGGAGGGACACAUCCUGAAGCUGGCUGCCAGGAACACCUCGGCUAUGGAGAGAUACCUCUUCCUGUUCAACAACAUGCUGUUGUACUGCGUGCCCAAGUUCAGCCUGGGAGGGCCCAAGUACACAGUACGCACCCGCAUCGGCAUCGAGGGCAUGAAGGUUCUAGGGACAACCAACGAGGACUACCCCCACACCUUCCAGGUGUCUGGCAAGGAGAGGACCCUGGAGCUGCAGGCCAGCUCUGAACCAGACAAGGAUAAUUGGAUAAAGGCUUUUCAGAAGACCAUUGAGAUCUUCCAUCAGAAGAAUGAGACGUUCAAGUCAGCCUCCAAAGAUGUGUUGACGGCAGAGCUGGGGAAACGUGCCCCACGCUGGAUACGGGACAAUGAGGUGACAAUGUGUAUGAAGUGUAAAGAGUCCUUCAAUGCUCUGACACGACGGAGACACCAUUGUCGAGCCUGUGGCUAUGUUGUUUGUUGGAAGUGCUCAGACAACAAGGUGGCCCUGGAGUACGACAGCAACAAGAUCAACAAGGUCUGUAAGGACUGCUACUCCAUCCUGACUGGAGAGGAGAAGUCCGAGGGCAAGAAGAAGGGUAUUCUGGAGAUCGAGGCGGCCCAGUUCUCCGGCAGCAGCAUCAUGUGUGGCUUCCUGCAGUACUGUGAGAAGAACAAGCCCUGGGGGAAGGUGUGGUGUCUCAUCCCAGAGAAGGAGGCAUUAGUUCUCUACCUCUACGGAGCGCCACAGGAUGUGAAGGCCCAGUCCACUAUCCCUCUGCUGGGUUACUCUGUGGAAGACAGCCCCCGGCCUGCUGACCUUCCAGCCAGCUUCCGUUUGUCACAGUCCAAAUCAGUCCACAGCUUCGCGGCUGAGAGCGACGAGCUGAAACAGCGCUGGCUCAAGGUGAUCCGGGUGGCCGUGACUGGGGAGGUGCCCGAGUGCCCCCCUCCCAACGAUGCCAACACCAUGGCCAUGGAUGGCGCCCAGGAGAUGAGCUCAGACAGCUGAAGAUUGCCAGAGACCUAUGUGCAUUUAUGCACACACCACUCCCAUGCUACCCUCAUGGACACACAGUGUGGAAACUCAGUGCUAGAUAAGCUGCCUUCCCUUGCCAAUCCACACCUCUCUUCCUUCCCUGAGUGGAUUCUACCAAUCGAGCUGUGCAUUCCAAUCAUCAUUAGAGUGGAGCAGGGAGGAGGGGACCUCAGGACGGUCUCUGCUUCACUCAGACAGACAGGCACUAUUCAGGACAACCUGCCUGGGGCAUCUUGUACACUGAGGACACUAAGGUCCUCAGGCUUUACUGGUGAUGCCUGCAGGCCCAACAGAUAUCCUCCAGCUUCAUAGACAUGAGUCUAAUGAUGUGAAUCAAGAGACUGACUGUCUAGACCAGGGUUGGGGUCAAUUCCAGAAGUACACUGAAAUUCCAAUUGGGAAUAUUUGGAAUUGGACGAACCCUGGUCGGUACAUUGCAUCAGCCCUGUGUACCUGUACAUAUGUGUUACUCAGUUUUCCCUGACAGGGGCAAAUGCAUUUUUAUGUACAGAGAAGCAAUGCUCUCCAUAUGUUUUGAUAUCUGAGAUGUUGAUCCUGUACAAUGUGUACAUUGAAGUAUUUGCAGUGUUUAUGCUUUUAAUUGUUUUUAUUUAACUUAGAGACAUGGGUGGUGUUUCAAACUAAAAAGGGUCCUUGGACAGUAUCACUAGGAAAGUUAUCAGUCCUCACUUCUCCAAUCAUGUAGUUUCACAUCACAGUAGCCAGGAGCCAUGUUCUACUGGCAAGAAUAGAAUGAGUUCCUCUAGAGCCUGGGUCAAUGUCCCAGAAAGACUUCAGCAAUUAGCCAGAAUAGCAAUCGAGAGGAUCACUCUACACUUUAAUUGCUGUAAGUAACCCCAUAAGCAAACAGGAAAUGAUGCAGAAGUGCUCACCCAUCCAGAACAGGCUUCAAUCCAAACAGGCUGAGGGAUGGCCUCUCCAGCCAGGCUAGGCAGUCGGGGUACUCUGCUGCACUCAUUCUAAGCUGGAUCAACCUUCCUCGCCUUGGAAUCCAAGAGAGUCACAAAGUAACCUCUUAAGCAACCACAUCCUGGUCACAAUAAUGUGUUGAAAAGUGUACUACUGCUGUGAUCAUUAGAGGGGCCUUUCUACUCUAAUGCUGUAUAGUAUGAAUGAAGACAGACAUACACACACCCAUAGGGCAGUAUUGCGGAUGAGAAUUAAUGGUUGUACAGCUGUAGUUACCUAGCCCCACAGCCCUUUUGUAGACAUGUAUAUAUCGGAAUAUAGAAUAUACGGUGGGGUUUUCUAUGUAACUGACCCAUAGGGAUGACAGACUACCACUGACCCAGAUCCUGUCUUCUACAUAGCGAAAUCACCCCUCGAAGCGGCACAGAGGUAAACAUUAUGACCAGGUGGGGAAAGAAAUGUAAAUGUUUUAAAUACUGUACCUAAUUUUAUUUUAAAAAGUAAUUUAUCAAAUAUGCACAUGAUGAUUUAAAAUAAUUAGCACAAAAGUAAUAUCCCUCAAAUUUCCAUGUGUUCUGUCUGACACAGCCAAGCCAGGUAGACUAACAGAUUCACUAAGGUUUUCUGUCUUGUCCCUCAAUGCAAACCAUAGAUAGCUGUCCCUCGCUCUAGUAAGGUGUCACUCACUCCAUCCUGUGAUUGCAGAAUCCUUUGUAUAGAAUGGAAGCGGGUAAUGUGCCUAUAACCUCUGUUCAUAGGUUCUACUGUUCCAAUCCUCUAUUCAUGGUCUGAGUGUGACAUGGCCUCACUGCACCUCUCCAAUCGCAGUUCUGAUACAGACAAUGCAGAAGAGCACAACAAUCCUGUCUUAUGAAAUCUGAACGUAAAACCAGGUUUUGGACAUUUGUCCACUCUCCCGAUCCCCCUCCAAGGUUUGAGAAUCUACGCACUUUACGGUCUUAAUACCUUGUAAGAAAAUAAAGUAAGUUUAAGUAUUA